AUGAAUACUGAAAUGUUUAUAACAGAAAUUUUAAAUCGACCGCCUAUAUGGAUGUCGAAACAUCCACAUCAUAAAUAUAAACACGUCAUUAAUAGGUUGUGGGAAGAAGUAAAACAAUGUUUUCCAACAUAUGAUGUUCCGCAAUUGAAGAAAAAAUGGAAAAAUCUUAAGGAUUCGUACAGAAAAGAAUUAAAAAAGAAUCCACCUUCACGCUUUGGUAACCCAGGCCUUGACGACGAAGACUGUAUGCCACAGUGGAAAUAUUUUAACUUAAUGACAUUUUUAAAAGAAGAACUUAUACCAGCAGAAGAUGAAAUCAAUCUCACUGAUAAUGAAGAUUUGGAUACUUCUACUCUAUUUGAAUUACAAUCUACGUUAGCGGCGCCAUCACCCCAACCGUCACAAUCUGAAAAGGCCGAUUUUCGUAAACGCAAAAUAAAUGAUUUACAAGCCGAAUUCUUAGAUAUAGAAAGAAAAAAAAUAAAAAUGUUAGAAAAAGAAUUUAAGAAGAAUCAAACACCUGAUAUUGAAAAAACAGAUGAUUAUUAUUAUCUUAUGAGUAUUUUGCCUGAAAUGCAAAAACUCAGUUCUAUUCAGAAAAUGAGAGUAAGAAAUAAAAUAAACCAAAUUCUUAUGGAAGAAAUGGUUUUGAACACGUUAGGACAUUCCUCACUUGAUUACGACAUUAAACCACCAACUGAUAUUGACAUCAGCAAUACAGCAAUGCAAAAUUUUCAUCAAAUGAAUGCGUAACUGUACUCUGAUUUUUGCAAUUAUAAGUUACUAAUUA